AUGCUGGUGCCUCCGCCGUUCAAAUUUUCCCGUGGAUAUGGCCUGCAUGACGCGAGGCUUUGGGCACAGCAAUACUCGACAACGAGCUGUUCGUUGAGCUAUGCAAUCAGGUCCUUCAGCUCUCGCGGCUACGAGCUAUUGACCUUCGGUUACGACGCCAUCUUCGUGCGGCGUGAUCUCGCGCCGCUCUACAGCGCGGUCCGGCCAGCGCUGAAAUUUCCUCAGGAUGAGUUCCUUUGCUAUCGCCACUCCAUCAUCACCACCUGCAGCCGACCUAUUCGAUUCGUUCGCGAAUGGUUUUUUCGCGCGAAUGAUCCAGAAGACUUGCACCUCUCGCUCGAGAGCAUGUGGCACAACAUCACUCAGCUAUCAGAGUUCGAAGGCAUGAAGACCAUGCCUUUCUCGCUCUUCAUCUGA